CGUGAGGAGACCAAGACCACAAGACAUGAACUCACCUGUACAGUCAAGUGCUCGCGAGUCCUACAUGGACAAGAGCCGCCACGACAAAGCCGGCGGCGACGGCGACGGCGUCGGCGUGGGCAUGGGCGCCCGGCUUAGGCAGCGGCUCGCGCAGAUCCUCCUCAACUCGUCCUGCACCACCACCUCGGCCACCGCCUUCGUCGGCCUCGCCAACACCAAUGCCGCGGCGGCCACCUCGCGCCAAGAACCACCUCCCGCAGGGCGCGCCCACGAGCCGCGGUCCAAGCUCAAUGGCAGAUGCCAACGUCGCCACCGCCGACGCAGCGUGCGGGCGCUUGUUCAUGUGUCCAUCGACUGCUCCGGCCACUCAAUCGGCGCCGCGGCGCUCCUGCCUUCCCCGAUGCCGGCGAAUGGCGUCACGGCUGUGAAGAGCGGGACGCGCAAGGGCAGUAGCAAUAACCUGCGCCCGCCGUCGUACAGUUGGUCGCCCUCCACCGACACCGACGAAGAGAGGCGCGAGGAUGCCGACACGAGGUCGACCCUCUUCUCCUCCCUCAGCUUCUCCUCCGACUCCACCUCGGACUUCUACAACACCACCGGCGGUAGCACCAGACCAAAGCGCCACAAGAACCCGCCUCGCCGCGCACCGCCGAGGCGCGCGCCCAAGCCGCACGAUGCGUCCCAGCCCCCGACGGAUAAGCACGAGAAGGAAAAUAAGAUGGAUGGCAAGGACAGAGGCGCCGUGGCCGCCGCGGGCAGCAUGGCGGUGGUAAAGCGAUCGCACAACCCAUACGCCGACUUCCGGAGCUCGAUGGUGGAGAUGGUCGCCGGGCAGCGCAUCUGCGGCGCCGACGCGUUGAGCGAGCUCUUGGUGUGGUACCUGUCACUGAACUCGCCGCGCCACCACCCGGCCAUCCUCGCCGCCUUCGAGGACGUCUGGGACGCCGUGUUAGGCAGUGAGCCAUGAUCUUCAGCUUACGGUAGUGACUCGCGUCUUGCAUGCCUGUGAGAUGUGUAUAGCUUGUUUAUUUUAUUUCCGUACGAACCUUCUGUGUGACGAGGAGUUCAUUUGGUGUGGAUUCUGUCAGUUAGCAUUGGCACGUCUUGUUCACUUGAUCGAUGCAGUUCAAGCUUUA